AUGCUUCUGGGCAUUCAAAGCUCUCUCUGCAAACUCAGCAUGACUAUCAGUGUGCGUACUGCCAAUUACAAGGUCAAUAUUCUCGUCUCCAAAGAACUCAUCAGCCGUUCGAUGAUGUUUGGCCUUGGGAAAGUCUACAGUGCAAGUGGGAGCCGGCUUUCGCAGUUCCUGGAUCCCGGGGUGGAGCAGAGCGCUGGAGAAAGACACAGAUCACGAACUCUGGAUUUGGGAGCAGCCCCAUGCUAUAAUGAAGCAAUCGCGGAGUGUCGGAGAGAAUUGAGCGUAUCCCCAACCCUGGCCAUUCCCGUUGAGGUCGCCGGGGAGUAUCGGCUCUCCACAACACUUACUCCACAAGGCUUGCGUUGGCUAAAUUCCCGUAUUUGGAUAACCCCGGAAGCUCCUUAA